AUGACUUUCUCCAUUGACGCCGCCUCUCUGCUAGUGUCUGCAGCGGUCCCAGCAUUCAAGUGUCCUGCUGGGACAAGAAUGCAUAUUCUGAACUUGGGUACCCUCCAAGCAGAUGAAUCAUGGAUCUUCCGAGGUGGGAAUGCAAGCUCGGUGAGCAACCUCAAUCCAGUGAACAAACGUCGGGAUUUGGUGCUACUUUCGGCUCUGAUUGAGUACCCGGGAGUGGGCCUUAUUCUUUAUGAGACGGGCUGUGCAGAGGAUCUAGACGUGAAAUGGCCAGCGCCAAUCACAGAUGUCUUUCCGCGAACCGAAUACUCGGAGAACAAUAAACUCCCGAACGCCAUCAAAGCCACUGGAAACGACAUCAAAGACGUCAAAGCGGUCAUAAUUGGCCACCUGCACCUUGAUCACGCCGGAGGACUUGAGCAUUUUGCGAACACAGAUGUCCCAAUCUACGUCCACGAAGAAGAAUUCAAGCACGCUUGCUGGGCUGUAGCAACCGGGGCAGACUUGGGCGUCUACCUGGGGCAUUAUAUGCUCCUCGAAGAGCUAAAGUGGAGCACCUUCAAUGAGUCGCAACUUGACCUUUUCCAAGGCAUAACCCUCCACCAUUCACCCGGCCACACGCCUGGACUCUGUAUUAUGCAAGUUAAUCUUGCCAAUGAUGGACCAUUCAUUUGGACCUCGGACCAGUUUCACGUUGCAGAAAACUAUGACCUGGGUCAUCCCCACGGAGGAUUAGCUAGAGAUCACAAUGCGUGGUAUCGCAGUCUCAACAUGAUUCGCAGACUUCAAAGACUGUAUAACGCGACGUUGGUUUUCGGUCAUGACAAGGAUGUUGCCUACAAGCUCAUGAACACGAAGCCGUACUAUGAGUGA